UCCACACAAUAAUGCCCUUGACCUGAACUAAAAACAAACGUGAGCCGGAUCUGGUGCCAUCACGUAUACGUCAGUUCAAUGGACACUACAGCCGUAGACUAAUCCUCGUUAGUUAUUUUUGGGAGGAAGUUCACAUUGUGCAGGGAAACGCGGAAACAGACUUGUGAAAAGGAAACACAGCGACAUCUCGAGCGAAGGAGGGACACAUCUUCAAGUGUAGAAUACUAGAAUGGCUGACCCACAGCAGAGACUAGGAAGAUGGUAUUUUGGGGGGUUCGCAAGUGCAGGUGCAGCGUGUUGCACCCACCCGCUAGAUUUAUUGAAGGUUCAUCGUCAGACACAACAGAAGGAGCGGGUCGGUCUUGUGAAGAUGGCUGUGAGGGUGAUCAAGUCAGAUGGGGUGUUUGGGCUAUACAAUGGUCUCUCUGCCUCCGUGCUCAGACAGCUGACGUAUUCCAUGACAAGGUUCGCCCUGUAUGAAACAGUGAAGAAGAGACUGGCGGCUGAUGGCAAGACGAUGCCAUUCUAUCAGAAAAUCUUGGUGGCAUCAGUUUCAGGAGCAACAGGGGGUUUUGUGGGGACCCCGGCAGAUAUGGUCAAUGUCAGAAUGCAGAAUGACAUCAAACUGCCCCCAGAACAGAGGAGAAACUAUAAGCAUGCUAUAGACGGACUGUAUCGUGUGUUUCGGGAUGAGGGGGUCAUGAAACUGUUCUCAGGGGCAUCCAUGGCCAGUUCCAGGGCCAUCUUUGUUACUGUCGGGCAGCUGGCCUGCUACGAUCAGAUUAAAGGGAUACUUUUAAACACUUCAGUGUUUGAAGACAACCUCAUCUUACAUUUCACAUGUAGUGUUAUGGCAGGUACAAUAGCAACGUUUCUGACUCAGCCUCUGGAUGUGAUGAAGACGAGGAUGAUGAAUGCUAAGCCAGGCCAAUACUCUAGUUUAUUAGCCUGUGCACUGGAUAUAGGAAAGGUUGGACCUCUAGGAUUUUUUAAGGGCUUCAUCCCAGCAUUCGUGAGACUAGGACCCCAUACUGUACUCACCUUCAUCUUCUUUGAGCAGCUGAGGCAGAACUUUGGGGAAAUAAAGGAGUGAUGCCAUUUUCCUGGAGCAGGUGCUUGUCAAGAGAGGGAAAUCUCAGGGUCACCUCCUCAGUUUUAAUUAGGUUGUCUUGUUUUACAACUUUUAACUGAUGCACUUAUGGCCAGACCAGUUUUGUUUCUUGAUUUCGGGAUUUGAAGCUGAACAUGCCAUGGCCUGUUAUUCAAAAGAAACAGACAACAGGAUAAGGGUAGACUGGAAGUUGUUUGCAAAGACAAUAGUGUAGGAUAAUCAAAGUGAAUAACAUAAGAAUUUGUGAUACAGUAAACUAUGUUUAUAACGAACACGCUAAUAACGAACUGACGGAUAUAGCGAACUUACUUUUUUGUCCUGACUAUUUGCUGCAGUUAUGCUGUAUAUAUGCUUAUAAUGGACUACGGUUAUAGCGAACUAUAAUUAGUGGUCCCUUUGAGUUCGUUAUAUCCGUAGUCUACUGUAGUAUGUUUGUAGAUUAGAAGGAUGCUUGUUUUAUCUUCGUGACAAAAUAUUGGAGUAAAGGUUGCAUUGGGUUUAAAGUAUGAAGAUUACACGGCAGACAAACGUGAUGGUAACUCCUCAGUUCAACAAGAAACAAAAGUUGGUCCGGCCCAAAUGCCUUUUCACUGUGCAGCAAUAUGUCAGUUCUAAUCAUGUGCCCAUAGAAGAAUAUUGUUGUCAAGAUAAUUAGCAGACCCUUGAUAUCGGACAGCUUAAAGCUUUUGUUGGAAUUUGACUGCCACCGAUGAAUUUUCCAAUGCCUACUACAGGAAAAUUAUUGACAUCAGAAAUUAUCCUUCUAUGUUCUUUGGAACAUGUCACGAAAAGGACAAGGGUACGAAAUAGAAAAAAUUCACAAAAAUGUUUGUGGUUACACUUUCUCAUAAAGUAUGAAUAAAAUUAACAUUAAACUUGAGAUAUACCUUCUCAAGGAUGAGGCCCUGCCUUUAAAAUGUUUAGGUCAAAAUGAGCAAAAGGUCAAGGUCAGCAUACCUCAUUGUCAGUUUCUCAAACAUCCACAGGUAUAACACUUUGUUUGCAUGUAUCUCUACAUGUCCUACCGCAUCUAAUGUUGGUGCUAUGUCUAUCAAAGUUCAAGGUCAUCUUUGAGGGCAUUGUGAAACAUGGCUGUGCAUCAUUUAUUGCCAGUUACUGUUGCACUUUGACUUGUACAAGCCUGAGAUGUGUGUAAUUGUUGGAUCUUAUGGAGUUGUCUUGAUUAAAGUCAGGGUUUGGAAGUAAUGUUUUAGGACUGGAAGUACAUGGUGGUUAAUUACAAUCUCAUAAAAUCAGAUCUUAGUUCUCGCUAUCGCUAAACAAAGAUCUGAGGUCAUCCCAUUACGGGUCAUGUCAGAACAACCUUUCAUCUGACCAAUUAAAGCUUCACUUACCAGAUCAUGAAAUUGACAUGAACGGGGGAGGCGUUGCAUAGUACGUGGGAAGCACUGCCAUACAAUCGCAAUCAUAUAUUAGAUAUUAGAUAUUCAGGAGUGUUCGUUUGUUCAGUUUUCAAAAUUAUAAUCGAGAACUGUGUCAACAUAUUUUUCAAGCAUAGUCUGAAAUGAAAGUUGCCAGGUUGAAACCAGUGCCGUAAAGCUCGAGAAAGCUGCUUCCUGAUUGGCUGAUGUCGACUUCUUGUUAGUCGUUUCAGUCGUUGGUCAAAGUUCGCAAAAGGUGGUUCUGACGGGACCCGUAAUGGAAUGUCCUCAGAACUUUGUUUAGCGGCAGGGAGAACUUAGAUCUGAUUUUAAUGAGAUUGUGGUUCAUUAAGACUUUUUGUUUUUGAGAGUACAUGCAAACACCUUUAGUUUACGAUAUGACACUUAAACUAUGAUACAUUUGUUGUCUUAGUGGUGCAAUUAUUGCAAUGCAUCGAUACUACCAUGUAUCAUAACACCUUAAAAGAAGACCGUUUUAAACCUGUUACUAACCAGUCAGCAAUGGUUAGGUGUAGAAAGUAGUGCUAUUUCAUACCUUGAUUUGUUAUGGUUACAUGAUGAAUGUAUGAUUGAAGAAUAUUAUGCAUGAUUUUAAUAAUAAAACAAUGUGUAUGGAUUUGUAUAGGAUGCCUGAAUACCUUUACACUGAACAUCAUGCCUUUCAUACACCCUUUUCGCUGAGGGCUCUUGCAAUAUGUUGCAGCUAGACAUGUGGGAUUGGGAGCUAGUGUGCAAGUUAACCCCCCCCCCCUUAUCAACCCAACACAUGCGUCCCACUUAUUCAAGUUUUGGCCCAACUCUGGCGUGUUAGACAUUGCUAUAUGCCUGCUGAUCAUGCAUAAACAUUCUAGCAUAUUUAGUUUAUAUGGUUGAACCAAUUUUACUCUUACAAUUCAUGACGAAGUUUUCAAACUAGUGUUUUCACAUUGUGAAACUGUUCAUGUAUUUGUGAUGUUUGAAUAUUUAAGAUUAGAUAAAUAAUCUUGUUUUAACACUCUACUACCCAGAGUUCCAUGCGGCCAGCCUAGUACCUCUGCCACAGGCCAGUGACGUGACUAUUCGUCACAUCUUACACAGUCCAUUUAAGAUAUUGCAUAAAUAUUUCAUCGGUAUAAUUUUUUUAUGAGUCUACACAUUUAGAUAAACAUAUGUCCUAGAAUGGUUAACUUUCAUUGAGAAGAUAUCCUAAAAUGUGAAAAACUAUUUCCAUUUGUGUAUUGAUCCAUUGUUUACAUUGGUUGUACGGCUCCACAUGCUGUCAUUGGAGCCCUAGCAAGCUAGUGAUAUGGUCACUUUGAUGUACAAAGCUAUAUUCUCAUGCACCUCACUGUUGCAGUUGUAGUAGCAUGUCUAUAUAAUUAUGCAAAACAAUAUGUAAAGUGCAGCAAAAGGCUUGCAUUAAGCCUGUCUGUUGUUAUUUCAGAACGCAAACUAGUCUGUGGCAGUGGUGCAAUGCUAAGUCAUCACUGCGCCGGCGUGUGGUUUUAGCACUAUGUGAUUUUUAACGCUAUGUUGAUAUGCCAUUGUUAUUGCUUAAACAAAAUUAAUGAAAGUUGUUGAUGUUUUUGUUAAAUUGUACAGUGAAGUAAGAAUAUAUUGAAAGGUCUUUACAGUCUAACCAUUGAUUUUACAGGUUUUCAUGAACACUGAUUUCUUCCAUGUUUCUGUGUUAUAGAUAAACCUUGAAUUCUUGUAUCUUGUACAAUCUUACUUUGUAUCCAGUGGUGUUGAAGGGGUGCUCUAAGAGUUGACUAGAUAAGAGAGUGAGAUUUCAAGUUCUAUAAUGACGGCCAGUAUGUAUGUAAUCAUCAAAUCUGUGCCACACAAAGCCACUGGCUGAUGAGUAACAUUCAAAACACUGGGGACAGAUGCCACACAAUGAGGCAGUGCGUGUACUGACUCGAGUCAGACUGCCAGCUAGUCCUAGUGUAGUUCCCCCUUUAGUUGUAGUGAUCCUAUGGCUACAAGUCCCAUUCUUUAACAUAGAUUUACGAUUGUUUGUUGGCUCUUAUGACUGGCAUAGGGUACUGAGAUCCAUUUAGCCCUCUAUAAGUGUCCAUACAUGUGAUUAAGGUGACUAGAUAGGGCCUAGAUAUUGACCAGUGAGGUUAAUGGACAAAGUUUGUCAGUAUGGCAGACCUGAGGCAGGAUAUGUUUGAUUAUAAUCCAAGGGGUGGUGUUACCGCUGAGUUCAACCAAUCAGAUGAUACGAUAAAAAUACAAAUGUGCUCAUCUAGCAGGAAGAAACUCUGUAUAUAGAUGUGAUCCCCUCUUGCUCAAAAACCUUUGUAUAACUUUCCCCAAAAGUUUAUUUGAUUGUACUGAAAGACCAUAGUAUACAUAAGAAUCACUUUGUCCCCAUGUCUAAACACUUUUUUCAGAAAGUGUUUUUGAAUCAGAAAAUGAAUAACAAGUUGUCUUUAUACAGUAAUUGUUAUACAUCUUCAUACAAAUUGAGUCAUCAUUGCAAAGGGAUGUAACUCUUAAUCACCUUUAUUUUUCUCAGAUUAUUUUUCUCUUGUCUGAUGGGUUUAAGUGUGGGGAGAAAAUGUUUGGCACUUUUUUUAUAUUUUGGGUCAGUAAUUUGUUUAGAAAGAAUACACCAUAACAGCACCCUCUUUUUGUAUUGAAUAUGAAGCAUGUCGUUGUAUCACCAGUAGUUUUUUAUUAUACUGGUAUUUUGCUACACAAAGAAAUCCUGGUGCAUCUCUUGAAGCAGAAUGAUGCAGAAAUAGAUUUUAACCGAGUGCCAGUUUUUAUGUAUUUAUUUGUGCUUUCUGUAGGUCUUUUAGCUUUAUUUUCAUAGAAAUGUUGUCUCAAAAUAGGUUCUUUCAUAAGCUAGAAAUUAGUGGUCAUUGUUUGUUCAAAUGUCAACAUUCCGUUAGCUCACUGUAUCGUUUGUUAGUUUGUAUGUACAAUAUAUAUAUGUAUAUAUAUAGCUAGUCACCAUGCGUUUGUCCUAAAGUUGUCUUCAUUGUCUAUAUUAAAUGUAGUAAGUUUGAGGUGUAAUUACUGAAAUGUUUAGUCUUUUGGGUUUCGCAACUUGUCCUGGAAAUUUGUAAGUGGGAAUUGAACCUCAUGAGUGAAAUAUUCUUAGCUAACUUAUCAAUGCUACGAUUUAUGUACAGAGUGAAGGUUAAUGAUGUCUGAUUUAAGAGAAGCCAUAUGCUAUUAUGAUGUUUUCUUUGUUAUUGGAACAAGUAAAUUGCACAAUUUUGCAAACAGUGAAUUUGUUUAGAUAGGGCUUAUCAAAUCACCAAGCUCUUAGGACUUUCCAUGCUGUUUUGAUGAAAUUAAUGUUCAACUAUACAUGUAAUCAUGGCAAGGGUCCGUUUGAAUACCAAAUACACCAAAUUAUUGAAAUUAUAUUAAUUUUACGUGACGAUCAUAGGGCACUAGAACAGUGAUUGUAUGACAGGGUGUGGUACAGUGUAUAUUCUUAUACAGUGCCUAGGUGUGGUAUAUUAUGAUAUAGUUCCCUGAAAGUAUGCUUGGCAUACGUCUCUACAGGAUUCUAUGUAGUCAUUGAAACAAAGAUGCCUAUUUGUGUUAUCACCACUCCAUCCCCUUUGAUUCAUAGAGAAUCAUAAUGAAUCAUCACUAGAAAGUACCCAUGUCACAUGGCUUGAUCUCCAUCGUGUAUGGACAUUGCAACAUGUAACCGUGUACACUCCCCACCCAUCGCCAGUCUUUAUUGAUCUACGCAGUAUUGAAACCAGGUGGAGAAUGAUGUUGUAGGUAACUUAGGGUACAUUUGCUAGCAAUUUGUGGAAGAGUGUGGUGUGUAUGGGAUGUUACAAGCUGAACGAGUUCAUAGGCGGAUCCAGAGGGGUUCCAGGGGAUCCGGACAUCACCCCUUUUGAAAACCAAAAGUAUGUGGUAGACAAUACCCCAUCCACUGAGAGAGGAUUUUGAUAUUGUGGACCCCUCCCUUUUACAAAAUGCUGGAUCCACCCUUGGACUUUGUCAUCGUUAGAGUUUGUGGUGUGUACAGGAAUGUUUAUCUCAUAUAUUCCUGCAGCUUUGUUGCUCAUGUGUUUAUACUUACACAUUUACGCAAAGAAUUCAUAUUGUUUAAGGAUGUUUGUGUCAGGUUACAUCUAUCUUAUAGCCCUCCUGAGAGCUAAUUGAGCCAAGGUGAAGAAGUGACAUCAUAUCAAACAAUGUAAUACAAUGUCAAAGCUGGUUUUGAUACAAGACAGCUACCGACCAAUUGGACAUCUGGUUUAACAAAGGCAACAAUAAUGUUCUUAUCCCACAUUAAGAAGACAUGUAAAACAUUGUUGCAAGUAGGAUCAUAUGAAUAUGAACUAAUGCAUUUCUUGUAAGAAAAACAACAUACACCAAAUCAUAUGAAUACUUUUUAUGAAAAUGUCUCCAAUAACACAAAAUUGAUUGUACUUUACUACAUCAUCAUAUUAUGCCUUGAUUUAAUGUUCCUCAAAUAUACAUAAACGUCAUAAUUCAUUGUAGUGAUGCCAUCCAGAUUACUUAUUAAUUAUGUGUAGUGGUCUCAUGGUCACAUCUAGGUAGUUUGAAUCCUCAAACGUUUUGAAAUCCAACAACACUGUAAAUCCUGAAGAUGCAUACGGAAGUGCUGAUUGUUUAAUGUGGCAUCAUUAUGCCUCAAUGUAACCUAACACCACAAUCAUUUUUAUGAGAUUUUCUUCCAGGUUUUAAAAAAAAAACAAGACACCGAGCAAUUUAGUUUUUAGAUUUGUUUUAACAAACUGUUUGAAUCUUCUGUGUACAGUAGCUGUCUAUGGAGGUGAUUCACACAAAUCAGCAGUGUUAGGACUGCCUUGUAUCGGGUAUAUUUUAACAUGUAUAGAAAGAAGGGAACACAAUUAGCUAUUGUCACAAUUAUCAUUUUGGGAACAAUGAAUGAUAAGGAGGGUGUUAGGCCACCUGGGAUAUAGAUCCUAUUACUAAUGUAUUAUGGAUGAAGGUGAUGUGUUUAUAUAUUGGUAGUGAUAGAAGGAAAGUUGAAACAUUGGCAUGACCGCCAUGUGCCAGAGAUGACCGGAGGUUGUUUUGGGUGUUGUGAAACAUCUUACACUAACGUGUGUGUUUACUGAUCUGAAGGAUCUGUACUUAAAACACAAGUAAAGUAUUUCCAUCAAAUUUCAAUUUGUUUCCAUCAGUAUUAUUUCCUGAUGUACUGAUUGUCCUUGAUGAUACAAAUUAUGGAUAUGACAAUAUGAAAUGGUAAUUGAUCUUUUCUCAUUUUCAGACAUAAGUAUCAUAGUUUCACAAAAAUGUUGUGCUUCUAUAUCAUUUCAUUAAAUAUUUGCUACUCAUGAAUAUGCAUUUCCUAGUGUUAGGAAAUUAUUAUCUUUUUUCUCUCGUUCCUGGACAUUUGGGGCUUGUUGGUAGUUAGCUCAAGCAACAGUUGUGGCCUUUCAUAUUGUACAUAGUGUGAAGAAGACCAUGGAGUGGGAACAUAGGGUUCACAUAGAGUCACUGCCAUCAUCCUCAGUUAUCAAGGGUAUUAUGUUACAAUUCUAUUAUAUUAUGUACCCAGGACCCAUUCACCACCACAAGUCCAUUUCAGAGGUGACACCACCGUAUCUCCAUGGUUUUACCUUGACUUACAAAAGUGGUGGUCCAGGGGACCCCCAAUUAUUAAUCUUAGCAAAACGAGGGUCAUGUAGGCAAUGAAAUGUUGUUGUGUACUGUACGUUUUGAUAAUUAGUUUAGAGCCUGGAAUGAAUCAGUGAUCAUGUGAUUGUGGACUGUGGUCAUGAUUGAUGGAUGAAAUAACAGACACCAAUAAAUGCUCUUGAUGCGCUGUAGGUACAAUGAAUAUUAUUGUGAGUCCUGAAGGAUGCAGUUUAUUUUUUUCUGCAUCUUCUCUACAUUUGAGCAAACUGGACAUACAUUUGUCGGCCGCAUAAAACCCUGCAUCUCUCUUAUCACAAACUUAACUCAUGAACUUGAAAUCAACUAGUCAAAAUGCCUCUUCCCAACGCAUUGAAAAUGUGGCGCUUGAUAGAAGAAUCAGAAGACAGCAAAAAUGAACUUUCUGUUCAAAAUGAUGUUUUCCUGAGUACUAAGACAGGGAGGAAAGUCCUUAUGCAAGCUGUAUUUGAGACAGCACGCAACAGUCAAGUUGAGUACUGGUAUUAGUGAUUUGCUUCUUGUUUUAAUCAUGAAGUACUGAUAGGUAUUGGACGUCUAUUUUUAGUGCCGUUUCAAUCAAAUACCAACUCGAAACAGAUAUGGUGGCAGUUGGGUCCAAGCAACAUGGAGGUACAUGUAUAAUAACCUUGAUAAACAAGGAUUUGUUAUGAUCUCAUAUGGAAAACUAUAUUGUUUAGGCAACAUUGUUUUUAUAUAUUUGUUGCUCUUGUAUAAUAUGAGACUUAACUAGUGGUACUCCAUGUAGUACUGUUUGUAAUGCAACUAUGUAAGUGGUUAUUUAAGGUUCAUAGGAAUGAAUCCUUUUUUUUAUGCUGUGUGAUACAUCACUUGUUUAAUCUGUGAUUGUUUUCAUUCCAAUGCAGUCAUAAUAAUCAUAUUCAUGAUAAUCUGUAUACGUGAUUGUUCUGUUGAUGCCAUUAUAGACAUUUCUAGGCCAUGAUGACUGUGCAGUUUGAUAGUGUGUGGCAGAAUUAUAGCAGAUAAUUGACUUGCUAAUACCUUGGAAAGUGGUUUAUAUUACAAAAAUAUGACAAAUAAAAUAAAAUAUAUUUCAAGUA